CGCCGCAUAGUUUUUUGAAACAUUUGCAUUUAAAUUGUGAUAUAUUUGUGAUAUUGCAAGAUGCUGAGAAGCUGUCAUCGCCUUUCUAACUGCUUGAAAAGUAACUUUAACCAGACUCAGAUCCGGCACCAGCAUAAAACUAAUCCCAAGGUCAUGGAAAAGUUUGAUCUGCCAAAACGUUUGCAAGGUAGCACUCCAAGUGUGUGGAAUGAGUAUAUUGCUCUGGCCAUGCAGUAUAAACCACUGAAUUUGGGCCAAGGGUUUCCCGAUGAUGCUGCACCCUCAUAUGUGACACAAACGCUGGCCGACAUAGCGCACGAUAAGAAUCAUUUGCUGCAUCAGUAUACCAGAGGCUAUGGACAUUUGCGUUUGGUUCAGGCUCUGGCUAAGCUAUAUAAUGGUUUAAUUGGACGCGAAUUGAACCCUUUGAGCGAUAUUCUUAUCACGUCCGGUGCUUAUGAGGCUCUUUACUCUACCAUCAUGGGACAUGUGGAUGUCGGCGAUGAGGUUAUUAUUAUUGAACCCUUUUUCGACUGCUAUGAGCCAAUGGUAAAAAUGGCUGGGGGUGUACCACGUUUUAUUCCAUUAAAAUUGCGUAAAACUGAGGGACCAAUUAGCUCAGCCGAUUGGGUUCUAGAUGACAAGGAAUUGGAAUCGCUGUUUAAUGAGAAAACCAAAAUGAUUAUUUUGAAUACACCGCACAAUCCCAUUGGCAAGGUUUUCCAACGGCACGAACUGGAGCGCCUGGCCGAACUUUGUAAAAAAUGGAAUGUGUUGUGUGUCUCGGACGAGGUUUACGAGUGGCUAGUGUUUGAUGGUUCCGAACAUAUACGGAUUUGCACAUUACCUGACAUGUUUGAUCGCACCAUCACAAUUGGCUCUGCAGGCAAAACCUUUUCGGUCACCGGAUGGAAAACCGGUUGGGCCUAUGGACCCACUCAUUUGAUUCGCAAUUUGCAAAUGGUUCAUCAAAACUCUGUUUACACUUGCCCCACGCCCUUGCAAGAGGGUGUAGCCCGCAGCUUUGAGGUGGAAUUGGAGCGAUUUGGUCAACCAGAAAGCUAUUUCGUAAGUCUGCCGCGUGAGCUGCAAGUAAAGCGUGAUUUUAUGGCAAAAUUCUUGACUGAAGCUGGAAUGAGGCCAACCAUACCCGAAGGUGGGUAUUUUAUGCUGGCUGAUUGGUCGCCUCUUGCCCCGAAAGUCGAUCUCAGCUCAGAACAGGAUAAGCAUAAGGACUACAAGUUCACAAAAUGGAUGACGAAAAAUAUGGGUCUACAGGGUAUUCCACCGAGUGCUUUUUAUAGCGAGCCCCAUAAGUCUUUGGGUGAGGAUUUUGUACGCUAUUGUUUUAUCAAAAAGCAGGAGAAUCUAAACAAGGCAGCUGAGCUGCUUCAAAAGUGGAAGUAGAAUUCUUUACUAACCAAAUGUUUAAGCAAUUAAAUACCCGAAUAUCCGUGAAUUUAAUUGAAUUUAUAUAUUCCAUAUUUUUAAAGUCUCUUGGUUUGUCAAUAGAAACUAAAUAAUUUCUUGUUAUUUCGUAAUCAAUAAUGUAUCCAAUGAAAGCAAUUAUGAAUCGAAAAAAAUUUCCUUAAAAUGAUAAUGAUCAGAACGAAAAUCGUAGGUUUUUGCUUUAGAAAACCUAAAAUUUGUCCCUAAAUGAUAAAAAAUUACCAUUUUUACGGGCUUCCAAGUGUA